AUGUCUUAACUUUCAUCUAAUAUUUUUUCAUUGCCUAUUAUUGGAUAAAGAGAUGUUUAAACUAAAUAAAUAUCUGUAACAAGAACAAUAAGGCCUUCUCUUUUUCUAAACUAAAUAGACCUUAUUCCUCAAUCUGUAAAAACUGAGGUAGAAAUUAACAGAAGUAUUAUUUACAAAACAAUGCCAACUGAGAUAAUAAGUAAUUCAUUAAUAGAUGUUUCUUCUCAUAUUAAAUUACCAUUAUUGAGUACUUAAAAAGAAUAAAAGUUAUAAAAAUCAAGAAAUACUUCUCCUAUAGAAUAUUAAAGAAAUGCUAAGAAGGCUAAAUUAUUUUUGAAACGUCAAGAAUCAAAAACAGAUACUCCAAUAAUUAAAUUUUAAAGUAAGAGAGUGGAGUUUAAUAAAUCUUUGGUUGUAAUUGAUUUAGAGACUGGAAUCUAAGAUAAAUAGGAAUUGAAUGAAAUGAAAAAACCACUGAGAAGGAUUGCACAUUAAAAAACCAGACCUUUAUAGAAAAUAUAGUAAUGA